UGCCGCGUGUGUAUUGUACAGAUUACAUACAUAGUAAUCCGUACACUUGAGUACAUACAUACAUACCUGACACAUCGACCAACUAAUUUGGAGACAGCAACGGCUGCCGCGCCGCCAAAUGUAGCGCGCCACGACCAUGUCAGGCCCCAGACCGUCGACGUAUGCGGAAAAGAGAAGCAGCGGCGCAGCGGGAUUGGGCGACCGGGGCUCGGGCGGUUCGGCGUCGCGCCCUCGCAUCUCGGAGAGUACCAGCACCAGCAGAGUAUCCGACCAAAAGACCAGCAGCCGCUAUGCCGACAGCUCACACAGGCGGUCCGCCUCGGGCCAGCCGAACCACCCGAACCCGCGCUCGACCAACAGCUCCUUCGAGGAACGCCGGACCGAGAAGAUCCAGGUGACCACGAGGGAGACCUUGACGACCCGGACCAGGAGCCCCCCGCGGCGCAGUGCGACCAGCGACAAGAGCAGGGCUGCCGACGGGAUCAGGCAGCGCGCCCCCGAUUCGAGAAGGGAGAUGCGGCAGGAAACACCGGUGCCAGAAAAACCCCCUGCAGCGCCAUGGGAACCAGAGGCGACCCUGUUGCCGCACACGACGGCUCCCCUAGCAUGCCGCAUCUCGAUUCCCCCGCCCGCCUCGGCCGCCCCCCAGUCUCUCCAACCACGACCAUUGCAUGAGCUCUCGCUCGAAGCCCAGGAGGCCGUCAUUGUGGAGGACCUCCUGUUUGUCUUCAUGGGCUUCGAGGGCCAGUACAUCCGGUUUGCAAAGGGAUACAACCCCUUCGAAGAGCGGGACCGCCUGUCGGGUCCCCAAUGGCGCAUCCUUCCCGGGCUGGACCCGAGUCUACAGGACCUCACCCAGUCGAUGCUCCGCAUGGCCACCCAUUACGCGGCUCUCCGAGCCUUUGUCGACGUGCAGAGCCGCGAUGAGUUCGGCUUGGUCAACCACGCCCUGUGCGCCUCCAUCCGGAAGCUCCUGCAGGAGUACUUGGUCCUGAUCGCCCAGCUCGAGACCCAGUUCCUCUCGGACGACUCCUUCACCCUGCAUGUUCUCAACGUCCACGUCUUGCCGACCAGCCACACGAUGGCCCAGCUCUACGCCCUCGCGCACGAGUUGCUGAAGCGGAAUGCCUUGUUGGACGACGAGACCGACGACGAGACCGACAGCAAUGAUGAUUAUGACCACAUCUUGGAGCAGCUGAGGGAGGGAGGCGAGCUGGUGCCGGGGAACAUGACGGGGAAAAAGAUCUGCAAAGGCGGAGUCGUACUCGGCAUAAUCACCCAGAGGCUGGAGUCCAUGUCGGGGGACCCUGCCGCCCGCGCCCUGCUCACCUCCCUGCUGAGAGACGCGAGCCGUCCGUACAUGCAGAUGCUGAACGAGUGGCUGCACCACGGGGCCAUCAACGACCCUCACUCCGAGUUCCUGAUCAAAGAGCAGCGGAGUAUCCGUCGGGAGAGGUUGGAGGAGGACUAUACCGACGAGUACUGGGACCGGCGAUAUACCAUCAGGGACCACGACGUCCCGCCCCAGCUCGAGGGCGUCAAGCACAAGGUCCUGCUGGCCGGCAAGUACCUCAAUGUCGUCAGGGAGUGUGGGGGAGUCGACGUCAGCACGCGGGUUAAGGACGUGCCCACCUCGUUCGACGACAGCCGCUUCCUGGACAACGUCAACCAAGCCUACGCCCACGCCAACGAGUCGCUGAUGCGCCUUCUGUUGACGGCCCACGGCCUCCCGGCGAGGCUGCGGUCUCUGAAGCACUACUUCUUCCUGGACCCCUCGGACUAUUUCUCCUACUUCCUCGAACUGGGCGCUUCGGAGCUGCGGAAGCCCGUCAAGUCGGUCAACACGGCCAAGUUGCAGUCGCUGCUGGAUCUCGUCUUGCGCCAGCCCGGCAGCAUCGUGUCGCUGGAUCCGUUCAAGGAGGAUGUCAAGGUCGAGAUGAACGAGAUCACCCUGACCAAAUCCCUCCAGCGCGUCGUCAACAUCACCGGUAUCGAACAGGGCGAAACGCUGCAGCCGCUAACCAGCAAUCAGCCGCCGCCCGAGGGGGACAAGAACGCCAACGGCUUCACAUCGCUGCAGCUCGACUAUGCCGUCCCCUUCCCCGUCUCGCUCGUCAUCAGCCGCAAGACGAUAUGGAGAUACCAGGCCCUCUUCCGGUACCUGCUGUCGCUGCGCCAUCUCGAAUCACAGCUCUCAACCACCUGGCAGACCCAUACCAGAGCGUUCGUGUGGUCCUACAAAUCGUCGGCCCGCAGCCUCGAGAUCUGGAAGCGCCGCGUCUGGACCUUGCGCGCGCGCAUGCUCGUCUUCGUCCAGCAGCUGCUCUACUUCUGCACUGCCGAGGUCAUCGAGCCCAACUGGCAGAGCCUGAUGGCGCGCCUCCGCGGGAACGACGGCGGCGGUGGCGGCAGCUCGGACGGUACAUCUAGCGGCUCAGCUACAGGCGUCACCCGCACCGUCGACGAGCUGAUGCAGGACCACGUGGACUUUCUCGACACAUGCCUCAAGGAGUGCAUGCUAACAAAUAGCAAGUUGUUGAGGAUCCACUCCAAGCUCAUGCAAACCUGCACCGUCUUCGCGACCUACACCAACUGGCUCUCGCGCGAGCUCGAGAAAGCCGACCCCGACCUCUCGGGCACUACCAAACCGCCCAACAUGACCGACGACCAGUGGCGGUACUUCCAGUCCGUCCGCAGCAGCCAAAAGACGCACCAUUCACAGACACAGACCCACCAGACCCAGUCCCACAACCAACAACAACAAGACCCGAACUCGUCCGCCCUCCACCCGGCCGACACCAGCACCGCAGCGGCGGCCGGAGCGGGCGGCGGCGGCGGCGGCGGCGACGCGCGCAUCGCCGAGCUGUUCGACGUGAUGCGCAAGUGGGAGACCAACUUCAGCCGCCACCUGCAGAUCCUGCUCGACGCCCUGAAUCACUACGCCGCCACCGAGACGGUGGUGCUGCUGAGCCUGUGCGCCCGCCUGAGCACCGCUAACCAGGGCACCGAGUACGCGGGGAUGAAGGGCGAGGAGGAAGGCGGCGGGGUUGUGUGAAGUUCACCCUUCUGUGUGCGUGCGUGUGCGUGUGUGUCGAUCAAUUGCGAGGAGGUCUGGCCGAGGAAGGGGAUGCGUGCGGUUCGUCGAUGCUCAUCAGGAAUUGGGGGUGGUUCUUAACGGAAUCGGGAAUCCUGGCGCCCGGGCGUUGGUUGUU